CUAUUUUUUAGGGGAAAAACUUGCAGCUCAGCAGAAUGAAGAAAUACAACAAGACCAGUGUUACUCAUCUUAACCGUUACUACAUCACUUUGGAAUCUGAGGAUCCAGACAUCUGUGGUGGUUCUCUCCAAAUUUUUCAGACUAGAGUUAAUGAAAGAAUGUUCCGCGAGUUCGCUCUCUCGUGCACAGUUGCUAGACUUGUAGGUGCAACCAAAAACACCAACACACAUGUCGAGAUUAAAGAACGUCCCAUCUUGCCUGAGUUGCCUCAAGAGAACCCUUUUGUUGAAGAUGGCACCAACCGAUUCCGCUUGGUAAAUUGAUUGCUUCCUUCUUAGUUUUGAUUAUUAUAAUUAAUUAAACAACUAGUAGUAAUUAAUGAUAUAUUUUUUUUUUAAUUUUCAGCUCAAGGAUUCAGAGCUUGAAGACAAUGACUGGAUCCGUUUGUACUUGGAACUUGCAGUUGCUACAACCAAUAGGAGCUUCGAGCUCAAGGAUCUCAGUGUGACCAAUUUGAAGAUUCAGAAAGUGGCUAUUGAAAGUAGUAGCCAGAGUCUUGGAGACUAUGAUGCACUUUUCUACAUAAGGUAUGAGGACGAUUGCGAGGCUCGUGUUGGUAAGGAUCUCCAUCGCGUUGCUGUUGUCAGGAGAAUCUUGGAUAACAAUUCGCAAGUCUUGAAUCUCCUUGGUGUUAAUGAGAGCAUAAACAAAAUUGCUGCCAUGGAAGAAGAAGCUGCCUCAUCCUCUCUACAAGACUAGUUCCAUUUUGAUUAUCUAUAUAUAUAUGUGGAUCAGAGUAUUCUAUGCAAUCUGUUGAAUACUAACAUUGCUAGACCUGUGUGUUUUUAUUGAAUAUUUGGUGAAUUGUAUGAAGAAAACUGAAAAGUAAAGGAGAGAAAUAAAAAAAGUAACCAAACAAUUGUCAAGCGGCACCAACCAACACCCUACACAUAGAAGGAGAGAUGAGCCUCAACAAAGUCUCUGAAGAAUAUAUUUUUGUAAGGUAUGAAUGUAUUUGCAUGAUAUGGCCACACA